AUGGCGGCUGAGCUCCUGUGUAUCAGUGCAGUGCAGUCCCUGUCUUUGCAAGGUUCCUGUAGUGAGAAGAUUCUGGAGAUUAGAGAGGCUUUCAUCAAUUGCAGGAACCUUUGCUGGCUGGACCUGUCCCGCAAUUCCAUAGUAAGCCUGGAGGGUGUGGAGCACUUGAUUUCCCUAGAGAAGCUGAACCUGUACUUCAACAAUGUGACCACUCUGGAGGAGGUGUCUCGCCUGCAACAGCUGAGGGGUUUGAGAGAGCUGGAUCUCCGACUGAAUCCCGUGACCAGGCCAGGAGAAGAGCACUGGUGUAGGGUGCCGGCAGUGCUGCAGCAGGUGAAGAAGCUUGAUGCAAGGCCAGUGAGGAGCGCUGAGAGAAAGGCAGUAAUGUCACUCAGGCAGAAUGAGGAAAACAUUCAGUCCAUUGUGAAGGAGACGGGGAGCACCCAGACAGACACCAACUAUCCAGCUGAAGCAGCAAGCUGGAAUCCUGAGUUUAAGAACAAAGUCAGAUGGAGUUCUGGGCUAACGUUUCAUUGUGUGUUCAAGGAGAAACCCAGCAGCUCUGGGCAGCCAGAUGGGACCCUGAGCUCCUCACCACAUUCCCACGCACAGAGCACUGUAGAGCACAGCCUGAGAGAUGUGAAACAUCACAGGGUACAGGACUUGCAAUUUUCUACUGAAUUUAAGUGCAGUGAUUUUGAAGAGGAGUACCGGCCUCUGCCCUCACCCACCCGCUCCUCUCUGCGGUCUCCAGGUAAGUCGCCCUGCAGACCAAAGGAGGGGAUGCGGGUGACCUUCGCUGACAGCCACAUAGAGAAGGAGGUGGCUUCUUCCAGGUGUUCCCCCCAGAUCAACAGGAGGACAGCGGGCCUCCGGUCACCCACUGCAAAUGGACAGGAGACCACGGGGGCUGAGGGCAGUCGGACAGGAAGAGCUGCCCCUGCUGGCAGAGGAUCCAGGGCUUCUGACAGCUGUGCUGUACCGCACUCUGCCUGCAGCUCCCUGACGCACCACACUAUUACUGUGGUAGAGCCAGGUGCCAGCGGAGUGAACAAACCACUCUCAGACCUGUACGGUUCCAUGCACCUAGAGGAUGCGGCUUCUUCCAGGUGUUUUUCUGAAGGGUUGUCCCCGAGACGAGGCUCCUCUGUGGACAGAUUGAACGAAUUGUCACCCCUCAGGCCUCUUGGUGCCCCUCAGUGCAGCUCUCGUCUUGGCACACUGCAUGGCCGAUCAGCACUCUACACCUGUAUGCCAUGCUCUGUCACACUCCCAGCAGAAAUCAGACGGACCAAUAGUCUCAGUAGUCGGCAGUCUGAAUUAAAGAAUAAAGAGGAUUCUGUGGUGGCAGGGUGUAAUUCCCUGGCCCUGCAGAGCCCCCAGACUGACCCUGACCGUUCCUCCAUCCUCUGGCGGCUGCUGGACCUGGUGGACCGCCACUGGAAUGGAACCCGGUCGCUGCACCUGAACCACUGUUUCCUUGCCUCUGCUCAUGACCUGCUGCGCAGUCUGUCUUCACCACUGUGUGCAGAGUGCAAGCGAGGCAGGAGCCGGGAUGAGCCAGACCAGGAAUGCUGUGCGGGGAGAGGAGCAGGACAGAACAGCUGGACCAGCGGUCUGGACCACACUGAGCUACAGCAGCUCAGACACAAGUUGACCAUCACUCAGCAGCAGCUGGAGUUGCUGAAGAAGAGGCUGUCCAGUGUGCUGAAAGAGAAUAACAGCUUGCGAACUCAGAUCAGCAGCACCCAAGUUUCUGCCUUGUCUGCAACUGGAGAGAACAAGCUUCAGGAAGCAUACAGAGGGCUUAGAGAGCGCGUGGGAACCGUGAGCGAAAAGAUAACUCAAUCCCACAAGCUGGAGGAGGCACUGUGCCUGCUGCGAGACAGCCACAGAUCUCUGGUGUCCACAAAUGACUACCUGUUAAAGCAGCUGGAAAGAGGGAGCUCUGGGCAGGAUUUAGACCAUGUUCAGUCCUGUUUGACCUCUGACCUCAGCAGAGCAUCUAAUGGACUGCAGUCCUCCUCUUCACAGCACACAUUACCCUCGCCAAGUCAAUGAUGCUGGUUUAGUGCCCCUCUCUGACAACCCUCUGCAGUGGCUCUUCCCAGAACACCCACUGUUGUCCUUGUGCUCUGGAGGUGCAAUGAAAAUGUUUCAAAACUGUAGUCUUUGCAGUUCAGUCUAAAAGUUUAAGAAAUGGAACAUUGAUUUUGGAAGAUUUUUAUUUAUGGAAUUGUUUUGAUAAUGCUUAAUCUAUGUAAAUGGAAUUCAACAGUUGUGAGCUAUUAACUAUUCUUGUACCACUAUAGUCCUGAAAAAUGGAAAGGACUCAUUUGGAUUUUGUCAGUAAAUGCCCAAGAAAUAUGAUUGGAGUGGGAACAGUGGGACUGAUUAAUUCAUAUUCAUUGUUUAGUAUAUUAAACAUACAAUGAAGUAAUACAAUUAGUUUCUAUUUUUCAGGAAAGUUUAUAUUUUAUUUAUAACAGAUGUAAUUUCACAUGUG